UUAUUCAGCUAGUUCUUGUUGUUUAACUCUGGACUUUCUAAAAUUGCAAGUUCUUCUAACUGCUACUUUGUUGUUGGUACUUGAAGAUUUUGAUAAGUGUAUUAAUACAAGUCAUGCGAGGCAUUUGCUCGAGGACGAUGUAAUAAGGACUCAGACAAGUGUUGAUUUGGCCAAAGGAUACAUGACAAAUGCUGACCUUGAAAAGGCCAUCAAGCAAUUCGGACAAAGAUGCAGCAACAUUUCUAGGAUAUACAGUAUUGGGAAGAGUGUGCAUGGAUUUCCACUGUGGGUGAUAGAGAUUUCUGACAAGCCAGGAGAAGAAGAGACUGAACCUGCAUUUAAGUAUAUUGGAAAUGUACAUGGAGAUGAACCUGUGGGCCGUGAGCUUCUUAUAUAUCUGGCUAAUUGGUUAUGUGACAACUAUUUGACAGAUCCUCUGGCAACAUUGAUCGUGGAGAAUGUUCACCUUCAUAUACUUCCAUCAAUGAACCCUGAUGGGUAUAGUUUAAGAAAACGUGGUAAUGCAAAUGAAGUUGAUUUGAACCGGGAUUUUCCUGACCAGUUCUUUCCCCUGAAUUAUAAUGAGGAUUCUCGGCAACCUGAGACAAGAGCCAUAAUAAAUUGGGCGAAGGAUAUUCGAUUCACAGCAUCUGCCACUUUGCAUGGGGGAGCACUUGUGGCAAAUUAUCCUUGGGAUGGAACUAAAGAUAGAAGUACGAGCUAUUUUGGAUGUCCCGAUGAUGAGACAUUUCAGUUCAUGGCAAGUAUAUAUAGUCACUCUCACUACAACAUGUCUACAAGCAAGGAAUUUCCUGGGGGGAUUACAAAUGGAGCAUCUUGGUACCCAAUAUAUGGAGGAAUGCAAGACUGGAACUAUAUACAUGCCGGAUGUUUCGAAUUGACUUUGGAAGUCAGCGACAAUAAAUGGCCUAAUGCUGCCGAGCUUCCUAUCAUUUGGAGAUACAACAAGAUGAGCCUGCUUAAUCUUGUUGCAAGCCUUGUAAAGACCGGAUUGCAUGGAAGAAUAUAUUCUUCGCACGAUGGAAGGCCGUUACCAGGCAUUAUUUCCAUCACAGGAAUAAAUUACACGGUUAGAGCUGGAAAAACCUUUGCUGAUUAUCAUCGCUUACUUGCCCCAAAAGAUAAAUAUGAAGUGGUGGCAACAAUGCCCGGGUACAAAUCGAAGAACACAACUAUAUGGUUGGAUGAAGGAGCUGUGUCACUGGAUUUUGUUCUUGAUCCUGAAUUCACUGUCAAAGGCAGUGUACUACAAAAUGACUAUGAUUGCAAUUGUAACAAUAAAAGAACACUACAAUUUGUUCAUUUUCUUGGGGGGUUCCAUUUGGAGUUGUACUUGAUUUUCAUUGCUACUUUAGGGUUCUUAUGCUUAUUACUUCUGAGGAGAGGAAAACUAAAAUUUUCCACACAGAGAUUGUCACCAGUUGCAAAGAGAACUGCUGUGGUUUGAGGCAAUUGAUAGAUUUGUUGUUUGUAUUAUUAAAUUUUGUUGUAUAUUAGGGUGGGUGAAGAAGGAAAGACCUUUUUCCCAUGUAAUAUGUAAAAAUAUUUUUCAUAUGGUUAAUGUAAGUUCAAAUAUUACAUAAAAUUAGUUAGUCCUAUGCAAUUACUUUUUGCAGAUGGCUAAUGUUACUCUAUUCCUUUGUUGAUUUA